ACAGAUACUAGCUCAAUCAAAGCAAACAUUGUCCACCGGUGUCAUUAAACAGCAGAACGUCACCGAUAUGGCCACGAAGCGUGUGAUACCCUUGCUGGACCGAGUUCUUGUACAACGCGCCGAAGCUCCCACCCAAUCCAGAGGUGGUAUCUUUCUACCGGAGAAAGGGCGUAUCAAAAUGCAAGAGGGUACGGUCAUUGCUGUCGGAUCUGGAUCUCGCAAUAUGCAAACCGGAGAGUUUAUUCCAUUGGCGGUGAACGUCGGUGAUAGGGUUUUGCUGCCGGCUGGUGGACUGAAGGUAGAUCUUGGAGACGGGAAGCUGUACCAACUGUUCCGCGAGUCAAACAUCUUGGGAGUUCUUGAGAAGAAGAAAUGAUAAAUGUAACCAGGUGUAUUAAGAUAAAGGAAAUAUGUGAUAAAUAAAUCGAUAUCUGAAUGAAGGCAGA